AUGAUUGUGGUCCUGUUUCUUAUCAUUCAGGUGCCCUUUAAGCACAUAAUCAUGGACCUGUUGGGAGAACUUCAAAUAUCAGCCAUGGGUCAUGAGUACAUCCCAUUCAUCCUUGAUUGUCACCUGUUACCUAGAGGCAGUUACCCUCCAAAAAGCCACAUCUUACACUAUGGCCCAUCAGUGAAAGCCAAGACUGUCAAACCCUUUGUUGAUGUAACGGUACGUGGAGGACAUAAGGUUGUUCUCAAGUGUGAGGCGAACCAAAAUGGAGCUACAGCAAAAUGGCUGAAGAACAAUAAAAAGGUGUCUGAGAUCCCAAAUGUUACAAUCACCCAGAAUAAUAAAAAGUUGAUUCUAACAAUCAAGCAAGAUCGGAGGUCAGAUCGUGGCACUUACACCUGUGAAGUAUCAGGUGAAAAGGUCAUGGAUAUUGCUCCACAAGUUAUAAGCACACUUCAACACCAAGAGGUGUGCAUAGGUGCGAAGAUCACUCUCAGCUGUGAGGUGGACAAAAGUGGAGCCACAGCAACGUGGAAGAAGGAUGGCGAGACAUUGUCACAGAAUGAAAGGAUCAAAAUGUGUCAGAGAGACAGAAUAUUCACUCUUACAAUUGAAAAAGCAAAACUUGCAGAUGGAGGAGUGUACAGCAUUGACUGUGUAAAAAAACACAUCGGCAGUGUCCAAUGCUCUGCCAGAGUCACCAUUAAAGAAGAGUUUGACAAGCCGUGGAGGACAUUCGGGGGCAGCAAACAAGAUGAAGUCCAGGAGGUAAAAAGGAUGUUUGAGGAACUCUGUUCAUUGAGGCCAAAGGAGGUCCCUCUACGGAUCCUUGUGCAUGGACCACCUGGAGCAGGAAAGUCCAGCUUUAUCAACUCUAUUGACAGUAUCUUCAAAGGGUUUAUCUCCUCUGGUGCCUUGGCUGAUGGAAUAGGUGGAAAGAGUUUCACUACAAGAUACAGAACAUUCCAGUUUCAGAGAGAUGAAGAUUGGAUGCCCUUUGUCAUCUGUGAUACUAAGGGUCUGGAAGAAAAAGGUGGUAUGGACACUGAGGUCAUUACUAAAAUAUUACAAGGCCAUGUGAAGGAUAAAUAUAAGUUCCAUUCAGAUUCUACACCAUCGGACCAGGACAGAGACUAUAACCCGAAUCCCAGCCUGACAGAUAAAGUUCACUGUCUAGUGAGUGUGGUACCAGCAAACACAAUCUCUCUAAUAGAAGACGAUGUCUUCAAAAAAAUGAGGGCCAUCAGAGAGGCAGCCAGUGAUAUGGGGAUCCCUCAAGUGGUAAUCAUGACCAAGGUGGAUGAUGUAUGCCCCUUGGUGAAGGAUGAUCUGAAGAAGAUUUACCGCAGUGCCAAGGUCAAAGAGAAAAUUGAAGUGUGCCAUAAUGCACUAGGGGUCCCAAUGUGCUUCAUUUAUCCAGUGAAGAACUACCAUGAGGAAAAUUCACUGAAUCCAGAAGUAAACCACAUGCUCCUAGAUGCUGUAAAUAGCAUCAUGAAACUGGCAAAUGAUUAUAUGAACGCUCUGUUGUCCUCAUUUACAGGAUAG